AUGCCGACCCCUAAAUCGGUGCCAGAUGUACAACGUUUCCUUGGCAUGGUGAAUUAUUUAGGGAGUUUUAUUGAUAAUUUGUCAUCAAAAAAUAAAAAUUUGCGCGAUCUUUUAAAAAAGGACAUUCCCUGGCACUGGGACUCGAUUCACGAACAGGAGUUCAACAAUUUAAAGACUGAAUUAACAAAAACGCCAGUUCUAACUUAUUUUGACCCAAAAAGACAACUGACUUCAUCUGUUGAUGUCUCUGGGUACGCAUUGGGUGCAACUAUUUUACAUGACAGGAACCCAAUUACGUAUGCAUCGGCCUCCUUAACGGAUGCGCAACGCAACUACGCUCAAAUAGAAAAAGAGCUUUUAGCUAUACUUUUUGGAUGCACUCGCUUCCAUCAAUACAUAUAUGGUUUAAGUAUUUUGGUUGAAACCGAUCAUAAGUCAUUGGUUUCGUUAUUUAAAAAGCCUUUGUAUCAAAUACCUGCCAGACUACAACGUUUUAUGUUACGCCUUCAGGCAUAUGAUUUAACUGUCCAAUAUAGACCUGGUAAAUUUCUCCUACGUGAUAAAAUGCUACAUCGUUUACAUGAAAGUCAUAUGGGAAUUCAGCGUUACCAAAAUUUAGCUAAAUCUUCCAUUUAUUGGCCAAACAUAAACAAUGACAUUUAUAACUUAAUAUCAAAUUGUGAAACUUGUGUAAAAUUUCAAAAUUCUAAUCUUAAACAGGAACUUAAAUCUCAUGAUAUGGUCGAAAUUCCGUGGUUUAAGGUCGGUUGUAAUAAAUUCGAAUUUAACAAAAAACCAUAUUUAUUAGUCGUGGACUAUUAUUCAAAAUUUAUUGAAAUAGAUCUUUUAAAUUCUGGAUAUGGUAGUCUUCAAGUAAUCACAAAACUUAAAUCAAUAUUUGCGAGACAUGGUAUACUACAAAUUUUUAUUUCGGAUAAUGGUCCGCCUUAUAAUUCUAAAGAAUUUAAACAAUUUUGUCGGGACUGGAACAUUGAACAUAAGACUUCAAGUCCUUACUUACCUAGGUCAAACGGUUUAGCUGAACGCUCUAUUCAAACAAUUAAAAAAUUACUUACGAAGUGUGAAGAAACUAAAAAUGACCCAUAUGUGGCUUUGCUACAUUAUCGAACCACUCAAACAAAUGGUAUGCCAAGUCCAGCUCAACUUUUGAUGUCCAGAAGUCUCACAACAAAAAUACCUGCUAUCACUAGGAAUUUCGAGCCAAAAAUUAUCAAUACAUACGAAUACAAAAAACGUCUUCAAAAACAAAAUCAAAAUUCUUCGAAAUAUUAUAAUAGGGUUUCUAGAAAUUUAAAGCCAGUCAAACCGGGUGAAAAAGUAAUGUUUAAAAAGAAUCCAACUUCUGUUUGGUUUCCUGGAGUCAUAACGCAAAACUGUAAGGAACCUCGAUCUUUUAUUGUUCAGGAUAGCGAGGGUGUUCUGUAUCGCAGGAAUCGUGAGCAUAUUUUGAAAAGAAAACAAGAAAAACAAAAAGUUGACAUAGAUUUAGAUCGUAGAACAGUAGUCCAACUUAAUCGAUUAAAUUACAAUAAUUAA